CAAACUACAUUCCAUUUGAUGCCUCUCGAGUUCUCCUGUCCCACUCUCAAAGCCGACCACGAGAGAAUGAGCUUGUCCUAGCACCUCCACGGGACUCUGUUUGAAGCAUGGACACCAGAGCCUUACAGCUGUUCGCCGUGUUGCUGUCAGUUUCUGGGUGUUUUGGAGAAGAUGUGACCUACGUGACUGGCUUCUACUCCAAGGGUCCCCUAAAGCUCUCCAAGUACAGCUCGUUUGCCAGCGGCCGGCUGCACCACUUCAGAGUGCCCCAGGACACCACGCUGGUGCGAUGGCUGCUAACCGUCACCAGGGGCUCCGGACUCAACUGCGGAACUCAGAACGUCGCUGUACACGUGCGUGCGGGCGCCCCUCCGGUCAUCGACCCCCUGGGCGUGUCCUUCCCCAAGAAUACUGCCGUCCGAUUGGCCUGGAACAUGACCCUCACCGUGGGUGCUAACCAACAGCAGAACCAAUCACUGCUCAACGUCAGCAACCCGCAGCCUGGUGAUUGGUUCAUCGCCGCGCACUUACCUGAGGACGACGGAAAGAUACAACAGAAGGGUCUGCCGUCGUGUACCUACCUGUUCCAGCCCCAGAUGUUGAUCAGGAGAGCGGUGGACAUUCCCACACUACUGCCCAACACCCCGCUCACACACACACUCACCAGCGCACACACACCCAGCACCUUCAAGUUCUUUGUUCCUGAGUUCUCCACUGAACUCCAGGUGGUCAUCCCGAAGUGCUCGGUUGGAGGCGUGGCCAAACCCAGCUGUGGCCUGAGCUUCCUCAUUGGUGAAGUCCAGCUGGGACGUGACUCCCGGUUGGUUAAGAACUGCACGGGGGCGGGCUCAUCAUGCUCCAGCUCUGUCUCUGCCCCUCCCUGGGACGCCUGGGUAGAGGUUGCCGUGGAGACCAGCCUUAGCAACGCCACAGUGGCCUUCGACAUCCUGGCCAACUACACAGUGGGAUGUAAACCCCAGAGUUCUCCUGCUGACUUCAACUUAACUGUAACCGCCGCUAACAACAGUAACAACAGCAGCAGUAACUCCGCCUCUAACUCCACUCGUAGCUCCUCCCUCUUCCGGAACACUGCAGUCGCGCGUAGCAACAGUGACGGCAGUUCUAACGGCUGUGUUGCCAUGCCGGCGGUGUUCCGCGAGGAGACUGACGUCCUGUCGCUGCGCUUCACGGUUGCCGGCGGUAACCUCAGCGUACCCUCCGACCCCCCCACCCUCAUGACCUUUGACCUAGACUCCACCGCAACCAGCGGCGGAACACUCAACCUCUACAUCAGCCUCAACAAGAGCUCUGUGGUUGGUCAGUUCAGUAGUGUGAGGGCGUGUCUUACCCCCACUGCUCCGGUCAUGCCUCUCAACACAAGUCAACCCUGCACUACAGCGUUUUCUCAGGGCUACCAGAUGAGUGUGAACAGCAGUGUGUCGGACGCCUCGCUCAGGAUUCCGUUUCCAGAAGCCGCCAUGUGGUACCUCAGUCUACAGACACUCUGCAAUAGCAGUGAGUGUGUGAAUGUGUCUGCAGGUGUGGCGGUGAGUGUGAAUAUCAGCGCCUGUAUAGACGACUGCGGAUCCUACGGAAGCUGCAGACUCCUCAGAACACACAGCUACAUGUACUCAUCAUGCUCUUGCAGCGCAGGCUGGCGUGGCUGGGGCUGCACUGAUGGUUCAGAGGCCAUGUCCUUCUCUCUACAGCUGCAGUCCGUCCUCUUUCUGACUUUGAGUAACCUGCUAUUCAUUCCCCCCAUCACACUGGCCCUCUACAGAGGGUUCCUACCCGAGGCGGCAGUCUACCUCUACAACAUGUUCUUCUCAACGUUCUACCACGCAUGUGACCAGCCUGGUGUGACGGUGCUGUGCAUCAUGGAAUACAACACUCUGCAGUUCUGUGACUUCUUGGGAUCCGCCACGUCAGUCUGGGUCACCGUUAUCUGCAUGGCACGACUACAGGACUUAUUCAAAUACGUCUUCUUCAUCCUGGGCGUCCUGCUGAUUGCCAUGGCAAUGUCUCUGGAUCGUCAUGGCCUCUGGAACUUCCUGGGUCCCCUGCUCUUCGCACUCAUUACCAUGGUAGCAGCCUGGGUGUAUCGUGGUGUGAAGCGACGUCAGUGCUACCCCCCUCUGUGGAAGCGAUGGGUCUUCUACCUGCUGCCAGGUAUCCUGUUGGCGCUGAUUGGAGUGUGUGUGUACGUGUUUGCUGAGACGGACGCCAACUACCUGUACACACACUCGCUGUGGCAUGUGCUGAUAGCCACCAGUAUCCUCUUCCUCUUACCGCCCCGGCACAAACACACACAGCCCUGGGGAUGGACACACUCACUCUGUGGAUACAAGAUCUGCAAGAACCAGAAGGAGGAUUUAUACUCUGUAUCAUAGCACGCACACACACACACACACACACAUGCAGAC